AUGUGGUACGGCAGAUCGCAGGAAGGAGUCCCGCAAUUACAACAGCGACUUGCGUUGGAUGCUGUAUGGGUUGUACCAGGAGAUAUUCGCAAAAAGUAUUUGAAGGAUGAAUUGCGUACUGAUAGAUUAGAAGCUGAAGUAUAUUUAAAGUGGUCAGCAAAUAUUGGUAUUAAAAAUCGAGUAAAAAUUGUGCUUGAAAAUGGAUAUUCAUGUAAUGCACCUGCAUGUUUACUUACUGCAUUCUCGGAUAUCUUUCGCAAACUUAUUUCAGCACAAGCAACACAAGAAACACUUUCAUCGGGUAAAGAAAUCACAGUUCAUUUAAAUGAUAUGCCAAAUAUUACGAAUGCCGGUCUCUAUAAUGUGGUAGCUUUCAUUCAAAGUGGACAAAUCAAAUUUUUAGAAAAUGAAUUGGAGAAUGUUCUAAUAGCAGCUAAUGAUCUUCAAGUAAGUAUAUUAAACUUAACUUAA